CUGAUGGUUGUGGUUGUGGUAUUUGAUAUUAGUGCUAUUCUCCAGAUAGCUGCACCAAACUAUGCCACUCUUGUGGCGGGAAGAUUUAUUAGAGGUAUAGGCGUUGGAUUGCUUGCCAUAGGUGCAACUCUCUACAUUUCCAAAAUUGCGCCACCAAACAUCAGAGGGACACUCUUAGUUUUGGAAUCAAUCUCCAUCACAUCUGGGGUUGUCAUGUUUUAG